UGCAUGGAUUGCUUCUUCCUGCACCCCUUUUGAGAGAUUAGGAUGGAUUUGGGAGUCCAGAAGAGACCGUUGGCUCUGUUUAGUGGUGUCCCCCUCCUCUAAGACAGGGGUGCUGGGCAGGGGACUGUUACUUAGCACUGGGGGAGGUGGCGCCCUGCAGAAAGCGUGCUGAGCCAGCAGGAGCUGCACCAGAAUCAGCCACUUCAUCUUAUAGUGUAACAUACUGCUCGAUAGAGAGAUUUGACACCAUAAAACAACCACCUGGAAAGUACCACAGUAAAAAUUGAAUGAAAGUUAAGCUGCUAGAUCACGUGAAAUAAACAGGAAUGUUUGGAAAUUGUUGGGCGCUGGCAUUAGUGUCAUUCCUGAUGGUCCUUGCCUCCGGGCCGACGGUGUCCUGGUGUCAGGAGCUCUCGCAGAACAGCCCAACCUUCCUCAACAGGGAGCUCACAAAUCUAAAAAGGUUCAGUGACAUAGACUAUGACAGCUUUGUAGGACUGAUGGGCAGGAGAUAUGCAGGAGACAUGCAUGAUGUCUUUGUUGGUCUGUUCGGGCGCAGGAGUCCUGAGACAGUUCCUCGGCCAUUGCAGAAUGUCGGAUAUCCGCAGCCAGCAGGAGGCUUUUUCAUCCAUAAAGGGAGAUUAAGGUUACAACGCAACGCAUAGGAAGGAUCCUAUUUCCCCACCUUUAACUGCAGCUCUGCUAUAAGCAACCAGUGAUAUACAGUUGAUUCAUUCUAUGUUGCACUUCAAGGCUUUUUACCCAUGCAAAUGUACCCUCAUUUGUAGUGUACCAAUGAGUGAUUUCAAGAUGAUGUAUUAACUAAAUGUGUUCCAUUGAAUUUGUGUGUGAGAAUAUGCCUUUGGCAACUUUAGGGACCAGUACUACAUGGAAAUGACCCAGUUGAUCAGUUCGCACUACCCCCGUUAAGGAGGGGGUGCGAGCCGUGGGUGCGAGCAAGGGGCACUAACACAAUGUUACCGUUUCAGAAGGGGCAUGUAUUAGCCAUGGCAAACAAAACAGUUGUGAGAAGGGGCUGGAUGGGACCAAAACAACGAAAAGAAAAUACAGCAAAGCCAGCAUCCCCUUACCUGGCCAAUACUUAAUGGCGUUCGAGCAGAACGCCAAGAUACAGGGUGAGGUUCACUCAGAUCUAACCUGGAGCCUGUUCCAUAAAGGCCGCUCAAAAAAGCUACACUUAAAGUCCUAAACCAGACCAAAAAAAUGACACGCCAUGAUUGACGUCGUGAACGAUAGGCUAAGUAGGUCGAGGACCUUUAUUGACCUUCGUUGAUAAAAAAACAAGAGACUUUUUUGACAUCGUUUAAAAUAAAUAGCCUACUAUUAAUCAAAACAUUACCCAGUAGCCUAACUUUUUAACAUGGGUUUUGUGUCGGGGAGAUGGCGGAUUUAGGUUCGUUUUGCAAUUGUAGGCUACUGUUAACAAUUAUAUUGCUAUGAUAAUUAUACUCGGAUCAUUUAGAUUGAGAUGCCUAAACAUUUGAAAUCACAAACUACAUCCGUACAUUUAGCUAACGGCUAUGGUGCGUAGCCUAUCAAAGCAUUGUUCAGCAUUAGGCUAAAUGUUGUAGCCUAUGUAGGCUAUUACGUUGAUUUUCUAUCAAUGUUGAACAUAUUGAACUGAUAAUAAGAAAAUGAGAAUAUACGUGGUAAAUCAUCGUCUUCCCGUUGGAUCAGUGUUACAGGAACCUCUGGUUAAGCACCAAGUAACGCUAAGCCUGACAGUUAGUCUGACCCUGACCAGACUAGUUUUGCAGCCUAAGUUGCCAUAGUAACCUAGUUGGAACUACGUUGAGCUAGAUUUAUGGAACCGAAUGAACAAGAAAUGAGUCCGACUAACUGACAUAAGUCUGGCUUAUUCGGUAAACUCGCUUUAUGGAACAGGCCUCUGGUCUCUCUGGUUUCCACAAUGUUGCAAAACAAAACCCUCACACACAGAGAGCAACUAAACACACAAAGAGAGACCUCAUACAAAACAAACAGUAGCACAGAUAUAAAGCUGAAGGGAUGAUGGGAUUGGAUGAUGGGAACAGGAACAAGCUGAAUUUGAUACCCGGAUGGAGGAGUCAGGGAUGAGUGGCAAUGAGGGUCAUUGGUGCCAUCUGUACAGAAGACACACAGAGAUCAAACAAACACAUGACAGGACUGGGGGACGUAACACAGUGAAGUGGAUCAAUGUGUUCUUGGUUGGAGGGAUGGUAAAUGCAUUAUUUGUGCAAUAUUCUGUAGUUUACAGUACUACCCUUAAUCAGAUCAGGAUCAAUAUGAA